AUGAACGAUGCCACCUGUGCGGCCGGCGACUCUGACCUCACCUCCACUUCCACCUCCAUCAACGGCGUCAACGACCCUUUCGCCUAUGAGGCUUCCAUCAACGACAAGGUCCUCAAGCUGGUGUAUAUUGCCAUUGCUGCCUUGGUUUGCAUCUACGUUUACGUCCUGUCCUGGUCUCUCUUCUCCCAGCGUCUCGCUCAGAGACUCAGAGGGCAGUAUGUCCAGGCUUUGCUGAGACAGCCCCCCGGGUUCUUCGACGCGCGAUCUGCCGCCAGCGGUGAGGUCUCGACCAGACUACAGGGCGACAUGACUGCUGUCCAGGCCGGUACUUCCGAAAAGGUGGGCGUUUUGAUCGCCUCGACCAGUUUCUUCUUCGCCUGCUACGUCGUCGCGUUCAUCAAGCAGGCAAAGUUGGCCGGGAUUUUGGUCUCGCUCAUCCCGGCGUUCUUGCUCAUGGCGAUGGGCGGUGGCUUUUUUGUCACCAAGUUCAUGGUCAUCAGUGCUUCUUCCCAGACUGCCGCCAGCAACAUUGCCGGUGAGGCGCUUCAGCACGUCGGUGUCGUGCAGUCGUUCGGUAUGGCUGGCAGACUGGAAAAGAAGUUUGCCGAGCAUGUCGCCGUGGCUAGAGGUGCUGGUGUCAAAAAGGGCAUUGCUGCUGCCAUGCAGGCUGGUAUGCUGUACUUUAUUGCGUACAGCGCCAAUGCUCUGGCCUUCUGGCAGGGUAGUCGCAUGGUUGUUGAUACCAUCAGGGGCGAGGGAACCGAAACUGUUGGUCAGAUUUAUACUGUGGUGUUCUUGUUGGUUGAUGCCUGCGUCUGUCUCGGCAACAUCGCCCCCAUCCUCCCCAUCCUCGGCAGCGCCUCCACUGCCUUUUCUCGUCUGAUGGCCGACAUCAACGCCCCCUCCACCAUCGACGGCACUUCCUCCGAAGGCGCCUUUUUGCCGGUUGAGACCACCACCGGCCACAUACAGCUCGAAAACGUCUCCUUUGCCUACCCCUCCCGCGCCGAGCAGCCAGUCCUCCGCAACGUCAACCUUGUCCUCCCGGCAGGCAAGCACACCGCCCUCGUCGGUCUUUCGGGAAGCGGUAAAUCCACCAUCGCCGCCCUCGUCGCCCGUCUGCAGGAUCCCGAUUCUGGUGUCAUCACCCUGGACGGCACAGACAUCAAGACACUGAACGUGUCCCACCUCCGCAGUUUUAUCUCUCUCGUCCAGCAAGAACCUUCUCUUCUCGACCGCUCCAUCCUUGAGAACAUCGCUCUCGGUCUGGUCAACUCCCCCAAGCCAGAACACCAAGCUCUCAAGGCGGUGGUAGAAGGUGGCGAGCUCGCCGAGCUGGCCAAGAAGGGCAAGGAUGCCGUUGACGACAGUAGCGUUGCCAACCCUGCGGUGCAGGAAGUCAUCCGUCUUGUCAAGGAGGCUGCCGUCCAGGCUGACGCGCACAACUUCAUCUCCAAUCUGGAAAAGGGCUACGGUACUUUUGCUGGGCCCAAGGGGUCUUUGGUGUCUGGUGGCCAAAGACAGCGAGUGGCGCUCGCGCGUGCCUUGAUUAGAGAUCCCAAGAUUUUGCUGCUGGACGAGGCCACUGCAGCGCUGGAUUCGACUUCUGAGAAAAAGAUCCAGCUUGCUGUUGAGCGGGCUGCCGAGGGGAGGACGGUAAUUUCCAUUGCUCAUAGGUUGAGUACCGUUCGUAAUGCGGACAAGAUUGUUGUUCUGGAGGCGGGUGAGGUUGUGGAGGAGGGGGUGUACGACGAGCUGAUGGCGAGAGAAGAUGGCAAGUUCUUUGCCAUGGCCAAGCUGCAGAGCUUGGGUAACCAGGAGGCUGCUGCUUCGGCUGUUGCUGAGAUCAGCGAGAAGAAGGAUGUUGUUGUCGUUGACGAGGAAGAGGAGGAGACAGCCAAGGUUCUUGCUGCUUCCAUCUCCAGCAGGGAUGAGUCUGCUGCUGAAAAGGCGGCCAGUGACAAGGAGGAGAAGGAGAAGGAGGCCGGCUGGGGAUCCGUGUUUGCUGGUCUGGCCCGUCUUGUCAAGCCUUCUUUCCCCUGGUUGCUUCUGGCUGUCUUCGCGGCUGUCAUUGUCGGUGGUACUUUCUCCGGAUCUGGUCUCAUCUUUGGUUUCACCGUUGGUGCUCUCAACCCGUGCGAGAACUCGCCCGAGGACAUCCUCGACCUCGGAAAGUUCUUUGGUGGUUUGCUCUUCAUGUUGGCCUGCAUUGAGCUCCUGGCCAACUUCUUUGCGUGGUCCUGCUUUGGUCUCAUUGCCGAGAGAAUGCUGUAUGCCAUCCGCGUGCUCAGUUUCAGAAGCCUAAUGGAGCAGGGUGUCGAAUGGCAUCAAUCCGGCGGCCGCAACCCUACUUCCCUGCUUGACAUCAUCACCAAAGACAGCGCCGCCAUCGGUGGUUUCUCGGGUAGCACCAUCGGCACCGUCUUUGCCAUCAUCGUCAACUUCUUCGUCGCCAUCAUCCUCUCGCACAUCAUCCAGUGGAAGAUUGCCAUCGUCUGUCUCUCCGUCGUCCCGAUCCUCCUCGGGGCGGGCUUCAUGCAACUCCGCCAGCUCGCCCGCUACGAAGAGCGCCACGCGGCCUCCUACGCCAAGGCAACCGGUGUGGCCGUCGAAGCCGUCCAAUCCAUCAAGACCGUCGCCGCCUUGUCCCUCGAAAAGGAGGUCAUGGGCUCGUACGCCCGUCUCCUGAAGAACACCCGCGACGAAAUGGUCCGCGCGGCAGCCUUCACCAACGUCUGGCUCGCCAUCAGCAACAGCAUGUCCUUUUUGAUCUACGCCUUCGCCUACUGGUGGGGUUCGCAAAAGAUCAUGUCGGGCGAGGCCAACCAAACCCAAUUCUUCAUCAUCGUCGUCUCCAUGCUCGUCAGCGCCCAGCUCUGGGGCCAAAUGUUCACCCUCGCCCCCGAGUUCUCCCGCGCCCGCACCGCCUUCUCCCGCAUCAUGAACGUUUUGGCACUGGGAACAAACAACGAGAUCGACUCCAAGCGUGGCCCGCACGGCAAGCCCGGCCCCUCUUCCGACCCGGAGUCUGCCCUCUCCUCGGCAGCCAAGGCCGCUACUGGUGGUGAACCAGGCAUGAAAAUCACCUUCACCAACGUCACCUUCUCCUACCCCUCCCGCCCAGACCACCGGACCCUCAAGAACGUCUCCUUCACCAUCACCCCCGGUCAAUUCGUCGGCCUCGUCGGCCCGUCCGGAGCAGGAAAAUCAACAAUCAUGUCCCUCGUCCAGAACCUCUACUCCCCCUCGUCGGGCUCAAUCCUGCUCGACAACGUAGACGUCACCUCUUCCGUCGCCUCCAUCAAAGACUCCAUCGCCAUUGUCCCGCAAGACCCGGCCUUGUUCGACGGCACCAUCCGGUUCAACGUCUCCCUCGGCUCCAAACCCGACCACGUCCCCACCCAGGAGGAGAUCGAGGAGGCGUGCAAGCUAGCCAACAUCCACGACGUGAUCAUGGCCAUGCCGGAGGGGUACGACACCCAGUGCGGCGCCUCCGCCGGUCGCUUGUCCGGUGGGCAGAGGCAGAGACUUGCCAUCGCGAGAGCGUUGGUUCGCAAGCCGAGGUUGUUGCUGCUUGACGAGAGCACUUCGGCUUUGGAUGCUGCCUCUGAAGCGGCGCUGCAGGAGGGGUUGGAUAAAGUCGCGCGGGGGACGACCGUGCUGGCUAUUACGCACAGGCUGCACACCGUGAAGAAGGCGGAUGUGAUUUUUGUGGUGGAGGGGGGCGAGGUGGUGGAUAAGGGGACGCAUGAGGAGUUGAUGGGACGGAGGGAGGGGUAUAGAGUUAAUGCUAUGCAGCAGAUGUUGCAGUAG